AUGAAAUUGAACAUUUGCCUUUCUCAGGUCGAUUAUCAUAAGCAAAUGUUACAAAGUGACGAUGACUCGGGCGAAGACAUAUUUUUACCAACUGAAUUUGACAGAUUAAGAGCACAAGUUCAAGGAUACCGACGUAGAUUGGCGGCAGCAACAGCAAAAGAACAGCAACUCAAACGACAUCUUAUCGAGGAGAAUCUAUCAUUUGUUACCAUUACUUACUAUACCAAGCUGAUCCAAGAUCCCACCCAGAUCUACGAUCAUGAAUUGACGCAGCUGCAACGAGAAGUGUUUGACAAAUUUCUAAGUAGAGCAGAAGGGUGUUGUAUUAGAGAAUGCAUCAGCUAUCAUCGGCUAAGUGGAAGGACCGUCUUCAAUUUCAACAAUAACAGUGGUCAUCCAUUAGAAUGUAUACGGUUAGACACAUUUUACGACCAAACUUACAAAGAGCCCUAUUAUAUUGUUUACAAUAAAAAUGAACUUGAACGACGACGGACACAAUUGAAAAAAGAAGUAGAAGAAACCGGGUUACCGAUCAAAAGCCUUAACAAGGUUACAGAGGAGCAACCUGCGUUAAUUGAACAUCAUACGAUACCCAACUUUAUCGCCAUCGAUACUUUACAGGAACAGCAUCUACCCCAUAAUUUGAAUGCAUUUAUAAGAAUUAUCCAUCAUCAAUUACAAGCGUAUAUUGUCAAACGAGAGAUUUUGAAUGAUAUCGCGACCGUAAUGCGAGAAAGACAAAGAAGGAAUACAGUUUUACGAAAUUAUGUCUAUGCAGAAUACCAUAAACCAGCAACACCCAUUAAGGUUUUAUCUCAAACUGAAUCUUUGAAUAGAGUCCAGUUACAAUUUACACCACCUAUAGCCGCUGUUUACGAUACACGUUUAGAGGAGAGAAAAGGAGUUCGAUUCUUUAUUGAUCUGGAAUACGGGAACCCCAGUUCGAGUUAUCCGACAAAGAUUUCUAUCAAAAAGAUCGGAGAGCCUUCAAACCAACUUAAUGAAGGAAUAAAAGAAGAAGAAGAAGAAGAAGAAGAAGAAGAAAGCAACUUUGUUAGAAGUUUAGAGAAGGAUUUAAAGAUGAGAAGACUGAAUCAUGUAUUAAUAGAUAUUUUAGACUUUACAGCCGACAGUAAUGCUAUUGAUAAAGAAAUGGAUAUUGACCAAUAG